UUCUUUUAAUUAGAUAAUUUUUUGGCCUAAAUUCAAUUCUUAAUUCUAUAGAUGUCCGUGAAUCAUUUUUCAGAAAACUUGAAUUAUUUUGAAUAAAAGAAUCUGAUUGUUAUGACGACCCCGAGGUUCUUUAUUAAAUCCUACAUCACUAUAGUGCAUAAACACAGAGGAUUAAAAAUGGAGCAGAGAGAUAGACAAACGAAAGAGGAAGAAGAAGAAGAAGAGGAAAUUCAACCGAAAAAAUUAAAAAUAGAUCUUGAGGACGAAUCGACCAAAAAAGCUUAUCCUGAGAAAGAAGAUUUAGAAAUGAGGAAAACAAAGAAAAAUGAGCCAACAAACCAGGGGAAAAAUGGCGGAAACCUGAAGAUGGUAAUCUGCAAAAAGCAAGAUGGCAACCUCCAGGCAAUUAAAGAAACAGCUGAUGUGAAUAGCAGCAAUGAUUUAACGAGUGAUUCAGCUGAUGCCAAGUGUGAAUUGAAAAAGCAGAAGAAAAUUUUAAUAAAAAUUAAGAAGCAAAAGAAAGCAAAGAAAAAGGAAGAUGGACCAGCAAAAGCACUUCAGAAAGCAUUUGAUCUUGAGAAAACAAACAAACGGUUAAGUCAUGAGCUUCCAAAGUGUAACUGGCUUGAACUAAAAAUCCAUAAAAUGAAGGGAGUUCAAAAAUAUCUCAGUGAUGAGCAGAUGAUGAGAAUGGAGGAAACAUUAAAUAUGAUAAACGAUCAAAACUCCAAAUCACUGAAAAGAAAGAUCAAUCCUAGAAAAAACACUUCAGAGGACGUAAAGAAGGAAAAAAACGCAAAAAACAAGGAAGCAAAGAUCAAGCUUAUCGUUGAUAAGGAAGCAAAGAUCAAGCUCAACGUUGAUAAGGAAGCAAAGAUCAAGCUCAACGUUGAUAAGGAAGCAAUCAAGCUCAACGUUGAUAAGGACUCAAAGAUCAAGCCCAACGUUGAUAAGGACGCAAAGAUCAAGCUCAACGUUGAUAAGGACUCAAAGGAUAAAAACACAUUGGUUAAGGACGCGACGGACGGAAAAGACGAUAAAGAAAAGUACUCUAAUGAUAUUAUAAUGGUUGAAGCUGAUGAGCUAGAGUCUGGAGGUAUAUCUGAAGAAAAUGAAAUACUUGACAAUCCAGCAGAAUCCGAGAAAGAAGUGCCAAGAGCAAAAUCAACAGAUGUUGAGGAAAACGACGAAGGGGUGACUUCUACUUCAAUCUUAACAUCAAAAAAAGACUUAGAGUUCGAGUCUCCAGAAGACUUGAGACUUCUAGAGAAGAAAGAACUACUUCUCAAGGAAAUUGAAGAAAUAGAACGAAGGAAAGCGGAAGAAUUGAAAAAGCUUGCAAAGAUAAAAUCGUCCCUGUCAGGUUUGAAAUCCCGAAGUUCAGAAAACAUCCCGAAGAAGAAUCCCGAAACUGUGUUCGAUGAGCCAGAUAUCAAACUUGAAACAGUGGACCUGGAACCGGAAAUAUUGGAAGAACAAGAAAAGCCCCCGAAGAAGGUUAAAAGCCCUAGUCGCAGCUUACCAGGGCAUGUGGGACCUAAAAGUGGUUACAUGGGUUCCCCUGUACUCCCAGUAAACCCUGGAUCUGUACAGAACAAUAUUAAUCAAAAAUACGCAAUUCAUCCAUCCCUAACCUCCAAUCAGUAUUCAGCUAAACAUUUAUAUCAACAUCCAGCCAAUUACAAACCAGGAGUUCACAUACUUCCACAAUACCUACAGCAGCAUAGCAUUCCACAAAGGACGCUCCUGAGAACCCUGACUGCUGCCCCGGAGUCCCAUCAUCCAUAUCCCAGAUACGAUUUUACACACAAGAUGAUUGAGAAAUAUCCACAGCUUCAAACAAGUUCCAUAAAUCCAGCUCACGGGUUCACCUCUAAACCAGAGUUACAUUCGACUCAUGGGUUGAACUCCAAACCAGAGUUACAUCCAGCUCAUGGGUUGAAUUCCAAACCAGAGUUACAUCCAGCUCAUGGGUUCAACUCCAAACCAGAGUUACAUCUAGCUCAUGGCUUCAACUCCAAACCAGAGUUACAUCAAGCUCAUGGGUUCAACUCCAAACCAGAGUUACAUCAAGCUCUUGGGUUCAACUCCAAACCAGAGUUACAUCCAGCUCAUGGGUUCAACUCCAAACCAGAGUUACAUCAAGCUCAUGGGUUCAACUCCAAACCAGAGUUACAUCAAGCUCUUGGGUUCAACUCCAAACCAGAGUUACAUCCAGCUCAUGGGUUCAAUUCCAAACCAGAGUUACAUCCAGCUCAUGGGUUCAACUCCAAACCAGAGUUAUACCCAGCUCAUGGGUUCAAUUCCAAACCAGAGUUACAUCCAGCUCAUGGGUUCAACACCAAACCAGAGCUUCCAACUCCCCAGACUAUAGAAGUGGGUUAUCAAGGGUUUGUUCCAACUAAAUCCUCUUCAUCAGCAAUAGUUCAACCAAAGCCAGGAUCUCUGAUCAGAAAUCCAAAAAAUCCAUUGAAACCCAUCCCCAUUCGUCCCAGCCCUAUGGAGGGCUUUAAUCCAUAUCUGCCAUCGAUACGACCAACACUCCAGGACCAGAACAAAGAUCUGGAUGAGACUCAAACGCCGGGUGGAGCUGGAUACAGUCCCUCACCAGUACACAGAGAAAUUGAGGAAGUAACAGAUUUGAGAAUAGAAUCAGUAAAAACACUAUACAGAGGUGUGAAUGAUAAAAGUGUAACUGAAGUUGAUAUGGCAAAGCUACCAAAACUACGAAAAUAUGAUGACAAAAUUAAUUUACUCCAAGGGGUUCCAUUCACUGAUAUCUGUUAUAAAGAUAUGAGAGCACUAGAGAGGUUUAAGGAGAAGAAAAAUAAAGAUGUUGAGAUCCUACGUCUUGAACCAGAGGAGAUGAGAAGAAUCCCCAAGAUAAAUAAGGGUCUUGGCAGGACACUAGAUGACUAUAACAUGAGUAAAUCCCAGGAACCAGAACAAAACAAGGCUAUGGCUGAUACUUAUAUGAUGAAAGUAAGAGAUCAAAAUACUAGUUUUGCUGCUAUUUCUGGCGGUGGUGCUAUUUCUAGUAGUGCAGCAGUUGCCUGUGGUGGACCUUGUGGUGCAUCUAUUCCUGCUAGCAAUACAAAUGCUGCUUCUGUUGAGCCAAGCCUAAAGGAGCUUGAAAUGUAUAGGAGCUGGGUGAAAUGGUAUACAGGAAAAACAAGCUUAGAGCAGCAGCGACAAGAAGCAGAAGUGUCAAGCCAAACAACCAGGAUUAAGUCCCCUUCAAUCCAUGCUUCAGUUAUACCAACAGCUCCAAUAUAUUCAAGAUUACAGCAAAAAGAAACUGCAAAAGGUAUUUCAGCGGGUUGUGAAAAAGGGAUUAUUAAUACUGCUCCCUUCUCUAACCAGAGACCGCUUGUGUCUGCUGGGUUGAGUCAUCAGCAGAAACAGCAUCAGGUUAUACUACAGCAGCAGCAGAUAAUGCUUCAGCAGAACCGUCUUCUGCAGAUUCAGCAUCAGCAGUUCAUACAGAGACAGAGACAAGAGGAAGAGGAGAAAAGAUUAAAUUUUCUACCAACUCAAAGGGAGCUGUCUCUUAGUCCGAGGUCUACUGAAAAAGUAGAAAAGAAGAAUACAGUUUUAGAGAGGGUUCGAUGUGAAGUGUGCGGUAAGGAUGCAGUGUUCAUGUGUUCAGCUUGUAAACUAUCCAAUUACUGUUCAGUUCCUUGUCAAGAAAAAGACUGGUCUAUACAUAGUGUUGAGUGCAUCAAGUAUUAGGGAGAAAGAAAUCAAAAAAAGUUUUUCUUUUGAUUUUUCCAAUUUGUGAUAUAUUAUUAUAAUAUUUGUAAAAUUAACCUCCGUGAUAAUUUUAUACAUUUUUCCUCUAAAUAGAUUAAGCGUUCCUUGUGUUUUU